GGUGAUCUCAACCUGAGCCCCAGGGUCAAGGUAAGAGACAACAGCACAAAGUGCCUGGCUGAGUAAGCACCUCACGGAGACCUCCCUGCGCGCCUGUGAAGAUGAAGAGCCUGUCGCUGCUGCCUCUGCUGCUGCUGACCACCUGCACCUUCAGGACUCAGGGGAAGCGCCGCAGAGUCUACUUCCGGGAAGAGUUCGAAGAUGGGGAUGGAUGGACAAAGCGAUGGGUGCAAUCUAAACAUCAGUCAGAUUAUGGUACAUUCCAGCUUAAUUCGGGGAAAUUUUAUCAAGAUAAAGAAAGAGAUAAAGGUCUCCAGACCACAGAAGACGCCAAGUUCUACGCCCUUUCCACCAGGUUUAAGCCAUUCAGCAAUGAGAACGAGACCUUGGUGGUUCAGUUUUCAGUAAAACACGAGCAAGGUAUCGAUUGCGGCGGUGGGUAUGUGAAACUCUUUCCUGCCUCCCUGAACCAGGAGGACAUGCAUUCAGAGUCGCAGUAUUACGUCAUGUUCGGCCCGGACAUCUGUGGCUUUGGCAACAACAGGCUAAAGGUCAUCCUUUAUCACAAAGGGAAAUACCACGAGAACAACAAGACCCUCAAGUGCAGGAUUAAUAAAGACACUCACCUGUACACUCUGAUCAUUCGCCCUAAUGCCACUUACGAGGUUAAAAUCGACAACGAGAAGGUGACCAGCGGAGGACUGGAGGAUGACUGGGACUUCCUGCCUCCCAAGAAAAUUAAAGACCCUUAUGCCAGGAAACCAAGGAAAUGGGAUGAACGGCUGCAAAUAGAGGACCCGGAAGAUAAGAAACCUGAGGACUGGGAGGACUCUGAGUUCAUCCCAGACCCGGAAGCCAAGAAGCCGGAUGACUGGAAUGAAGCCAUGGAUGGAGUAUGGGAAGGGCCCCUGAUACCAAACGUCAAGUACAAGGGACAAUGGAAACCUCGGGUCAUUGACAAUCCCAAUUACCAGGGCGAGUGGAUUCAUCCAGAGAUAGACAACCCCAAAUACAAGCCUGACCCUACCAUUUGUCAUUAUUACGACAUCAGUGUCCUUGGCCUGGAUCUUUGGCAGGUGAAAUCAGGCAGCAUCUUUGACAAUUUCCUUCUAACAAAUGACGAAGAGUUUGCUGAAGAGGUUGGAAAUAUGACCUGGGGAUUGAGAAAGGAUGUAGAGCAGCAGUGGAGAGAGCUGUAUGAGGAAAUGGAGAAAAAGAAGGAGGCGGAAGAGACCAAGAAGAAGAGGGAAAAGGAGCUAGCCAGGCAAGAGGACAUCUGGGGACUGGACGAGGAGGAUGAAGAGGAUGAAGAGGAAGACGAGGAAGAGGAAGCUGAUGCGGGGCCCAGGAAGGGAGCCAGUGCUGAGAAAGCCCGUUAUGAUCAGAAGGAUGAGCUGUAACUGCAGAGGGAAUGGUUAUGCGAAGAAGAAGCAAGAAACAGUGCUUAGGAAGGAAAUGGUCCUAAGGUUAGCAAACUGUGGGAAGUAACAGGACUCCUUUUUGGAUAAACUUUGGACUUAUAUUUUUCACCGCUCCCCCUCCCUUUUCUUGCUCUAUUUGCUUACUGGUAGAAAGGGAAUGAUAAUUUGUACUUCAUGAGUUGGUUUGGGGGCUGAAUGAGGUCAUGUGUAUAAAGUGCUCAAAGUAAAUAUAUUGUUUUUCUUUAAAAAAAAAAAAAAGGAGUAGUUAAAACUACCAUCAUUAUCAUGGUGUUUAUGAAAUUCAUUGUUGGUAAAUAAGCUUCUGUAUAAACUUGGUUCUCACUUUCAGUUGAGCCCUCCACUCUGGGGAUUUUCAUUUGUUUAAAUAUAUGCACUUCUUAGUAUUAAUGAGCAGUGCUGACCACUUUCCCCAGUGUUUCUUUUUUGAAUGCACUGUGCACCUAAAACCAAAAGCAGGAGGCAGAUCAAUGUGAGUUCGAGGCCAGACUGGUCUACAAAGGGAGGCCAGGAUAGCCAGGGCUUCACAGAGAAACCUUGUCUCAAAAAACCAAAACCAAACCAAAACA